GCCUGGGAAGGAGCGGAGAUGGGGCGACCGCGCGGCGGCGCUUCUUCUUCGGCCCGGCCCGGCCCAUUUCCUCCGUUGCCGCCGCUGCUGCUGCUGCUGCCGCUGCUGUUGCUGGCUUGCCGGCCGGGCCGGGCGAAGGAGGCCGAGGCGGGCGCUGUCACUUGCGGCUCGGUGCUGAAGCUGCUCAACACGCGGCACAACGUGCGGCUGCACUCGCACGAGGUCAAAUACGGAUCCGGUAGUGGUCAGCAGUCAGUGACUGGAGUCGAAGCGUCAGAUGAUGCCAACAGCUAUUGGCGGAUCAGGGGCAGAAGUGACGGAUCCUGCCAACGAGGAAUACCGGUAAAAUGCGGGCAGGCAGUCCGCCUUACUCAUGUCAACACAGGGAAGAAUCUGCACACCCAUCACUUCUCAUCACCGCUCUCCAGCAACCAGGAAGUAAGUGCCUUUGGAGAUGAUGGUGAAGGAGAUGACUUAGAUGUGUGGAUGGUUCAGUGCAGCGGAACCUUCUGGGAACGAGACGACGCAGUGCGCUUCAAGCAUGUGGGAACCGAUGUGUUCCUGUCAGUGACGGGGGAACAAUACGGGCACCCCAUCCGGGGUCAGCGGGAAGUUCACGGCAUGCAUUCCGCUAAUCACCACAACUACUGGAAAGCCAUGGAGGGCGUUUUCAUCAAGCCCAACUCGGACUCCACGAAGCAUGAUGAACUCUGAAUAUGUCCUGAUGAGUGUUUCCUCCCCCCGCAAAUUCCCCUCCUUCCAAGCUCAGCAUCUUAAAAGGGCAUGGAGACACCAUUGGGAGGGGAGCGUCUUGUGCUUCAUUCUGAAUGAUCUAAACCCGACUGGUUCCUCUUCCUUUUCCCUAGCCAUUUCCUCUUCCUGUCUCGUUCAUUUGCCCUCCCUCUCUCCUUUUUUUUUCUCCCUGAAGGAAGGAAAAGUGAUUUGCUGUCUAUAUUUUUAAUUCCGAGGUGCAAUAAAACCUAACUUUUGUAAUUC